AUGGCGCCCACAGCUGAAGAAUGGACAAGAGCAAGUAAUAUCUGCACUUUUCUGGAGCCGUUUGCUGUGAUCACAAAGAUGAUAUCUGGCACUAAUUACCCGACAUCUAAUUUGUAUUUCUACCAAGUCUGGAUGAUACAUGAUUGGCUCCGGAAUAAUGAGGAAAGCGAUGAUGAGGUUGUCAGAUUCAUGGUGUCACCAAUGAAGGAGAAGUUUGACAAAUAUUGGGAUGAUGUCAGUGGUCUUUUUGCAAUGGCAGCAGUGUUUGAUCCGCGAUUUAAGCUAUCAAUUGUUGACCAUUGUUUAGGGAAGCUUGACAUGAGUACAAAAGAUGUUAAGGUGAAGAACUUGCGUGAGAGACUCAGCAAUCUCUUUGAGUCUUAUGACAAAAAAUCCAAGGUUAACUCCCCUUCUACGGAGCCACGUGAGACGGUUCCACCCAAAACAUGUGAGCCAGUGUCCACAGAAAUGUUUGAGAACUACACUGAUUUUUUUGCAUUUCGCAAAGUCAGUAGUGUUGGGAAUGGGAAGACACCUCUAGAAGCAUAUCUUGAUGAACCACCUUUGGAAUUUUCCAGUUUUAAGAGCUUGAAUAUUCUCGACUUCUGGAAAGAUAAUGCUCAUCGCUAUGGUGAUUUGGCUGGUAUGGCUUGUGAUCUAUUAAGUAUUCCAAUCACAACUGUUGCUUCCGAGUCUUCUUUCAGUAUUGGAUCAAGAGUCCUCAACAAAUACAGGAGCCGUCUACUCCCAAAAAAUGUGCAGGCUCUGAUAUGCACUAGGAAUUGGAUCAGGGGAUAUGAAUCAUAUCAAAAUGAAGAAGAAGUAUUUGGUGAAGAAGAUAAACCCUCAUCAAUUAAAUCAGCUGUUGGUGAUGAAGUGGAAGUUGCAAAAGUGUGA